UUCCAUCCUCCCCCCUCUGUCCUCUACUCUGCUGAGUUCCAUCCAUGUGCGGCUUGGUUUUUUUAGCAGUUUGAUUGUUCGUUUUGAGGCGUCAUGUGCUACUAUACUUAUUUGAUUCCUUCCUCCAUGCUUUGUUUAUGCCCAUGCAUCGGUCUCUGGGAUGUUAGAUAGAUUCUCCGCUCCAUGCUCAAAUCUUCUGAAUACGGAUACAGUCAAUGUGCGUGCAUCCGUUUUGUGAGGUUACUGUUAGUACCUCACAAAGUUUUGAACAGAGUUAACCUGGGUCUGAACCUCCCUUCAUCAACGGAGCGAAACUGGAAGCAGCACUGCUCAUGCUCUCUGUUCACGGGGAUUAAACAGAGGCUCUCGACUGUUUCAGGCUUGCAGCUACAGGAGCACCAAUCGCGCGUAUUCCUCACAGUAUAUCUUAAACAAAAUCAACCCCGCUAAUUUCGCCCGUGACACGUUAACCAGUCGUUUGGGCGGCGAUAAACUACACUUUCAUCCUUAGUUCCUUACACACCACCACCUGUCUUGCCGGAGCCAGCCAGGAAGCGACCAAAAUUUUCAAAAUCGGGGGCGCACUGCACGCAUGUGACCGUGACUGUUUGCAGAUGGCUCCAUAUUUUUGAUAAAAUGCAGAUGGCGCCAUGGGCAACGCCUGUCCGGUUCUUGAGCUCGGCGCCAAGCGGCCAAAGGAGCCGCAGUGCGGCGCUGGUCCACCUGUCUCCCCUCGCUAACCACAUCUGUAAAGCCUCGGCCCCGUGCUUGCAUAUCACGGGGGAUCAUUAAGUUAAUAAGCUAAUGCGCCUCCCAUUUCCCGGCUGCUGCCUGCCUCUCGCUCGCCUGGUUGCUCCCCAUUCACUUCUUGUCGGUCGCCUCUGCCGCUUUCGGCCUCGGAUUCUUUGUUUCCCCCCAUUGCUUCUCUUCUCUGCAUCUGGCUGGUUAACUCGAGCUGAAAUCUUUGACCCGUUUAAUCCGGAGCGGUUCUCUAGUUUGCUUCCUCGUCAAGAACUUUGGAGUUCUUCUCUCUGGUUUUUCCCCUGCAUUUGGGAUGAAGGGGGGCAGUGAAACCCUGUGCCUCCUCUAGUCAUGCUGUACUUGAGCAAGAUGCAUUUUCUCAGGUUAUAUUCGAGCAGUACGGCCGUGAGGAAUGGCUCCGUGGAGCACCCUGCCCGUGGGUCUCCUCUCGGGGCAAACAAGACGGGCCGGCCGACGAGGCUGGCCGGCCUGGACUCCGGCGUCGACGCGGCGGCCACCAAGUCGCCCACCGGCCGGAGCCCAAAGGUGGAGCGCCGCACCACCAUGACCGCCGAAAGAGAGAAAAGGAGGUCACCGAUGAAGCUGUCGGAGCUGGAGUCCCAGCUCUCGCAGCUGCAGGACGAGCUCAAGAAGGCCAAGGAGCAGCUCCAUUCCUCCGAGAAUUCCAGGAAGCGGGCCCUGCAAGAGGCCGAGGAGGCCAGGGCGCAGGCCGCGGAGGCGUCGGCCCAGGCCAGCGACUCGCGGGCGCAGCUCGCCGAGCUCUCCUCCGUGGAGGAGACCCGCAUCUUCGAGCUCCGCCGGCUGUCCCAGGAGCGCGAUCGCUCGUGGCAGUCGGAGCUGGAGGCCAUGCAGAAGCAGCACGAGGCGGACUCGGCCGCGCUCGUCGCGGCCAUGGGCGAGGUGCACCGCCUCCGCGUGCAGCUCGCCGCGGCGGCCCGCGCCGACCGCAAGCAGGAGGUGGCGGAGGCGCUGGCGACCGUCGACGAGCUCAGGGCCAAGCUCACGGCGAGCGAGGAGGCCGAGGCGCAGGCGCGAGCAUUGCACGAGGAAUGCAAGCAGCAGCUGGAGGCGAGCCGGGCCACCAUCGACUCGCUGCUCACGGACGGCUCCAAGCUGAUGGAUUCCUUCAGCCUCGUCGUCACGGAGCUCGAGGAGUCGCGCGCGAAGCUUAAGGCCCUCGAGGAGGAGGUGGAGGAGACGACGUCGGCAAAGGCCGCCGCCGCCGGCCAGAGCUGCAACUGCUCUGACUCGGAGGCCGCCGAGCUGAGGUCGGCGCUGGAGGACGUGGAGGCCAGGUUCCAGGAAGAGAAGAUCCUGAGCACAGUCGAGACGCAGUGCGCGUACGAGCUCAUGGACCAGAUAAAGGUGGAGUCCGACCUGCGGCAUGGCAAGCUUGCCACGGCGCUCGCGAGCGCCAAGUCCGAGGUCAUGUUCCUCAAGGCGAGCCUGUUCGACAGGGAGUCCGAGCUGAGGCGCGCCCAGGACGCGACCAAGAAGGCACAGGACGACGCGAGAACGAACAGCACGGCCGACGAGCUGAAAGCGCAGCUGCAAGGCGCGCUGCAGGAGAACGGGCAGCUGAAGCUCGAGCUGCGGCAGUACGAGUCCGAGAAAGUGCCGGCGAAAUCGGAGGCCGACGCCGCGGCGGAGGCGGCGAAGAAGGGGGAGACAGAGGCCGAGCUGAGGCGGCUGAGGGUGCAGGCCGAGCAGUGGCGCAAGGCCGCCGAGACCGCCAUGGCGUUGCUCACCGUGGGCAAGGGCGGCAACGGGAAGAUCUUGGACCGUGGCGAGUCGCUGGACGGCGGCAAGUACGCGGGCUUGUACGACGAGCUCGACGACGACGCGGCGGCCGCCAGGAAGAACGGCAACGUGCUCCGGAGGAUCAGUGGGAUGUGGAAGAAAUGAGGCUGAUCGCCGAUCAACUGAUGUCAAGUAGUGGCGUGGCUCGAUCGUAGGGAUCGACUUGUUCAAUUUUCUUUUCUCUCGCUUGUAAAAUUGUUUUGCCGGUUCUCGUGGUGUAAAAACAUAGGAGUGAUUCAGUCGCAAAAACAAAAAACAAAAAAAACAUAGGAGUGAUUGUACUGAAAGUGCUCAUAGCUGUAUCAUACGCGCUAUAUGAUGAAUCGAAGAAUCAAUUCAUCCGGGUGUGAACUGUGAAAA